GCUAGGACCAAUCACAAACUGUCAUGGGAUAAGAAGCGACCAAUGAGCGCACGCUGUGCGGUCUUGUAAGGCGGGCUUUCGGAGUGGGCGUGCGAUAGCUAGUAGUAGCAGCAAGACGAGGUCAAAUGUGCUGCAGGAGUUUGAAACCGCGAGGCUGUCUUCAGCACAGGUACACGGGUAGCUCAUUGUGUCACAGCUACAGUGGAAUAUAUGGUUCACAGUGACGGUAUCAGAGGUUAAAUUAAUAAAUAAGUGCGGCGCUGUCGAGUGGUUGUUGACCGUGUCACCACAGUUAACGGAGGUAGCGUUAGCUAACGUUUGUGCUAACGGUGCUAAUGUCGCGUGCUCGAUAACUAACGUGACAACCGGAGUAAAAUUAUGACUUUUGCCUGCCAGAAGUCAUAAUUAUUACAUGUUUUAAAGGUGAUGCAUUGCGCAUAGCACUGCAGACCAUUAGAUUUGGCUGCGAAAUCCGUUAGCUAGCUACUUGAACUUCAGCUUGUGUCUUUGGGGGAAGUGGUCACGGUCAGAGCUGUCAUGUUUCACUCCGUGCCCCGCCGUCCGAUCUGUGAGAUCGGUGUCACUACGAUAAGGCUUCAGAGCAGCAGGUCAGUCAGGCGGACUGUCGAGGAGGGCAGAGGGAAGCACCCGUGGCUGGGCAGGAGCGUGGGCCUGCUGUUGUCCUGGCUCCAGAGGGCAAGUGUCGGUGCCAGCGAGGCCGCUGCCAGAUCUGGCCAAAAGAGGAAAGGAUUGCUCUCCAUAUUUGCGGACCACUGCGGCUUUGUGACCGGACAGAGGCUCCGGCGUGCGUGUCAGAUCGGUGAGCUUUACUCCAACCUGUACUCCGAGCGGGCAAGGUGGACCCUGGUGGGAAACAUAUGGCGCAGAUUUCAGAGCAAGCACGCCCCGACUGGGAAACUUGUAGCUGCCCUGGCUGGUGUCUUCAUGUGGGAUAAUGAGAAGAUUCAAGAUGAGGAAAUUCGCAGGUGUGCACUUGAACUGCAGGCGUUGGAUGCCGUAAAAUGUCUAAACACAGGUUCAGGGACAGUGGCUGGACAGCUGGACCAAGGCUGGGAAGUUGUGAUGGAGAAGAAAGACUUCAAAGUGUGGAAACGUCCUAUACCCAACAGUCACCUUUACGAAUACAGAGUGCUGGGCUCCUAUAAUGAUGUCACCCCAAGACAGUUCUUCAAUGUACAGUUGGAUACAGAGUACAGGAAGAAAUGGGAUUCUCUGGUUAUCAAGCUUGAAGUGGUGGACAGAGAUACCAGUACAGGCUCUGAAGUUGUGCACUGGGCUACACAUUUUCCUUAUCCCAUGUACUCGAGGGACUAUGUGUAUGUGCGCCGCUAUGAUGUUGACAUAGACAACAACCUGAUGGUCCUGGUAUCCAGAGCUGUGGAGCAUCCCAGAGUCCCAGAGACUCAGGACUUUGUGAGAGUUCAUUCAUACCAGUCAAAGAUGGUCAUCCGCCCUCACAAGUCCUUUGAUGAGAAUGGAUUUGAUUACCUGCUGACCUACAGUGACAACCCUCAGACUGUCUUUCCCCGUUACUGUGUGAGCUGGAUGGUGUCGAGCGGUAUGCCUGAUUUUCUGGAGAAGCUGCAUACUGCUGCCUUAAGGGCUAAGAACUUGGAAGUGGGGAUCCACGACUACGCAGGCGUCAUUAAAUCCAGUGACACCAACCGCCAGCCGAGCCAGGAGCGCCUUAGUGGAGAAAACACACACACAGGCGGCCCUGGACAGAUCUACGCUUGAGAUGGAUAUCUUAUAGACCAGGGGUUAUGUUGGCACGAACCCCAACCAAACCCUCCAGCCAAUGUUUUUGGUACAUUGUGUGAACUGCAAAUGGAAGUUGCAACCUUCUUUAAAGACAAGCAUACAGUAUGUUCAUCCAUAUACACGGUUAUAAUGGUUGUAGUUGAGAUCUAACAAGAACACUUGUACUGUAAUACUGUACUGUUGUCAGCAUUACAGUACUGUCCUUUUGGAGGAAAUGUUGCCAUGGAAAUGUUCACCCAGACUGCUGGCAUUGGCUCUCCUUUUGCUUAGCCAGGUAUGCCACAUGACAUUUUUUGCCAACGCUGGUAAUGAUGUAUGUCUUAGAACCAUUGGUACGAUCAAAGAGCCAAAAUUCCUAAUUGUAGAGACGCUUUUGCCAAAGCACUGUUUCUCCCAUUUUUAACGUUCAUGUCUCAUUUUUCAUUGUUCAACAAGGCUGUUCAGACCAUCGGCAGCCACGUCGUUGUAUUAGUGUUUGUGGAGUGAUUUCAGUGAGAGCUUGUCGAAAUGCUUGUACAGUAUUUGACAUGGAGUGAUAGCUAUGACUGACUUCUGGUCAACAUUAUCACUAGCACUAACAGAUGGAGAAUUGAGGCCUCUAAGGGGAACACUUCCUAAUAUGUUUCUUCAUUUCAUGUAUUUAAAGCCACUCUUCCUGUUUGUUUGCAGCAUGAGUGAUCUCAAAACAAGAUUAUGAUGAUGAUGGAUUAAAAAUCGAACUAAAUGUUGCCAUUGUGGGGACAUUUUUCCACAGAAUUGAACAUGAAGCCUCUAGGGCUUCUCUUUGUGUUUUACGGGGAGUGCAGUGUUUUAGUGUCAGCACAGUCACGUUGUCCAUCUCGCCCUGUUGUGUUCCAAACUGCCAGCGUUGACAAAACAGCCUUCUGAAGACAAACCAGUCCUUCAGCAUUUGGGGCAUAGUGUCUUAUAACAACCACGCAAAUCCUCAGAUACAGUAAGCUUAGGCCUAGGUUUACCAGCAAGGCAACCCUGCAGAGACACAUUCAAUCAAUGCCCUUUUUAGAUGAACAUAGAGUACUUAUGCACAUUAACAUUUCAUAUGAGUUAUAAAUUAUGUUGUCCCAUUUCAGAUCAGAAAUUACUUUGUUCUCAGUUGUAGCAGACAUCACUCAAGUUUGCAGUAUGUUGUGGCCGUUUGUCUUUUAUCCAUGUUACUGUAGAUCUUGGUACAUUUAUAAACCAUCGCCCGAGUACUGUAAAUCCCUCUUCUGAGUACAAAAUGAUCUGUAACACGUUUUGCCUGCAUUGUGAUUAUCUUUUUUUUCAUUGUUCAGUUUUUGCUAUGUCAGUCCUACUGAAAAGAAUUCAUCCAUGUUGCUUUUUGUUUAAGUUUUUGCAGGGGGUGUUAUGAAUGUACAAAGACCACCACUUGUUGUGGAAUAAAAAAAACAUCGCAUAAUAAAGUGCACUGUUUACAGCCUGACAAUCUGGCACAGAUAUCUUGAAAUCCAUUUGUUUAAAAGCAUCUCAUCUUGUACCAAUAUUUAAUGUCAGAAUGAAUCGGCUGCAGUAACUGUCUAGAGAUAAAGCAGUGCAGUGGGAUCCACUUUUGUGAAGGUUCUCCAACGUGUAUCAAGUAUUAAUAUUGCCCUAUCAGAAAAAUGUGUAUAAUUGCAUUCUGUAGUGAAGUGUUUUUACUAUUUAAUUAAAAAAAAAGUGUGAGGGAGGAAAUAAAAUGUUUUUGAUAUUUA